AUGAAGCUGUGACAUUGGUUCGCCUUGCCACACUCCUGCUGGUCUUUACUGAUGAAGCUGUGGCAUUGGUUCGCCUUGCCACUCUCUGCUGGUCUUCACUGAUGAAGCUGUGACAUUGGUUCGCCUUGCCACACUCCUGCUGGUCUUCACUGAUGAAGCUGUGGCAUUGGUUUGCCUUACCACACUCUGCUGGUCUUUACUGAUGAAGCUGUGGCAUUGGUUUGCCUUGCCACACUCUGCUGGUCUUCACUGAUGAAGCUGUGGCAUUGGUUCGCCUUGCCACUCUCAGCUGGUCUUCACUGAUGAAGCUGUGACAUUGUUCGCUGAGCAACAUUUGUCAUAACUUUGUAGAGAAAUGCACCAAAGAACUUGUGAUAUUUCUGGUAGCUUCUUGCUGAUUCAGUGGACUCAUGCUGUUUGGCAGAGCCUCGAGGCUUUUUCUAGAUUGAAGUGCCAUUGCUGAUUUGUGAAUGGUGUUUGAAUGGACUGAGCUACCACUGCUGAUUUGUGUGAACUGAACUGCUGAUAUCCUGACAACAAAGAUUGGAACCACCUAAAAGAACUAUCUCUAAACAAGUCCACAUCCCUGUUGCCCUAGUAACCUUUCUUUUUCACUGCCUCUGGCUGCAGUGAGCUAUGGGGAUGUGCAUGUGAACUUCACUCAGGAAGAGUGGGCUUUGCUUGAUUCUUCUCAGAAGAGUCUCUACAAAGAUGUGAUGCUGGAAACCUACUGGAAUCUCACUGCUAUAGGAUGUAAAUUGGAAGACCUGAAUAAUGAGGAACACUCUCAAUGCUCUAGAAGAUAUAGAAGACAUAACAUCUGUCACUCUGGAUACAAGCCUUGUGAACUUAAGGGAUAUGGAAAGAAGCAAUGUACCUUUGCAGAUACAAGGUUUCUUCAAAUAUACAAAACAAACCACACUGAAGGGAAACCCUAUGAAUGUAAGCAAUGCAGUCAAAUCUUCGCAAAUUUCUGUCAUCUUAGAAAACAUGAAAAAAAACAUACUAGAGAAAAACUAUAUGAAUGUAAUCACUGUGGUAAAGCCUUUCCAAGUCGCAAUUCUCUUCAAAUACACAACAGAACUCACACAGGAGAGAAGCCUUAUGACUGCAUCGAAUGUGGUAAAGCUUUUACAUGUCGCAGCAAUCUUCUACUACACAAAAGAACACAUACAGGAGAGAAACCCUAUGACUGCAAUGACUGUGGGAAAGCCUUUGCAAGUAGCAGUAAUCUUCAAAUUCAUAAAAGAAAGCACACUGGAGAGAAACCCUAUGCAUGUAAUCAAUGCAGUAAAGCCUUUGCAUAUAGCAAUGCUCUUCAAAAACAUGAAAGAAGUCAUACUAGAGAGAAAACAUAUGAGUGUAAUCAAUGUGGUAAAGCCUUUGCACGUCAUAGAAGUCUUCAAAAUCAUAAAGAACACCAUACUCUUGAAAAACCAUAUGGAUGUAGUCAAUGUGGUAAAGCCUUUGCAUAUCGCAAUAAUCUUUUUAUACAUGAAAGAAGUCACACUGGAGAAAAGCCAUUCAAAUGUAUUCAAUGUGGUAAAGCCUUCCCAAGUCACAGUUCUCUUCAAAUACAUGAAAGAACUCAUACAGGAGAGAAACCCUAUGACUGUAAUGAAUGUGGUAAAGCCUUUGCAUGUCGCAGUAAUCUUCUACUACACAAGAGAACUCAUACAGGAGAGAAACCCUAUCAUUGCAUUGAAUGUGGGAAAGCAUUUGCAUGUAGCAGCAGUCUUCAAAAACAUGAAAAAACUCACACUGGAGAGAAACCUUAUGAAUGUAAUCAGUGUGGUAAAGCCUUUGCACGUCGAAGUGAUCUAUAUAUACAUGAAAGAAUCCAUACUGGAGAGAAACCAUAUGAGUGUAAUCAAUGUGGAAAAGCAUUUGUACAUUGCAUUAGUCUUCAGAGGCAUGAAAGAACUCACACUGGAGAGAAACCCUAUGAAUGUAAUCAAUGUGGUAAAGCCUUUACACGGCGCUUCAGUCUUCAAGUACAUGAAAGAAGUCAUAGUGGAGAGAAACCUUAUGAAUGUAAUCAAUGUGGUAAAGCCUUUGCAAGUCGUAGUAGUCUUCGAUAUCAUAGAAAGCAUCACACUGUUAAGAAACCUAAUUAAUCAGUGUGGCAAAGCCUUUCCAUGUUGCAGGCAUCUUCAAAUACACAAAUCAUACUGGAGAGAAACUAUGAGUGUAGUCAGUGGGGACAAGCCUUUAUAUGUCACAGUAGUCUUCGUAAUCACAAAAAAAUAUGUCAUAUGGAGAGCAACCCUUCAAAUGUAAUUGAUGCAGUAAGCUUUGGCAUGUAAGUAUAAUAUUCAGACAUAUCAAAGAACUCAUACUGGGAAGAAACCUGUGAAUGUAAUCAAAUGAUAAUGCUUCUGCAUGUUAUGGUCUUCAAGGGCAUGAAAGAAUUACUACUGGUUAGAAACACUAUGAAUCUAAUAAAUGCAGUAAAGCCUUAUACACCAAGCACAUUUUCCCCAUUGAGUGUACUCACUGGGAAUCAUAUAAGAUUAGUAGAAUUAUUUCAUCAUUAAAAUAGUAUCUUGUUUACAAAUUGUCAUCCAGGAAUAGAGGAACACAGAAUAAUUUGAAUAAUAAUACCUACUUGCAAAUGAAAAUGAUGUUAAUACUGCCACCAUUUUUAUGGGUUACUUUAUACUGAGGAAUUAAUACUUGUUCUUAACACUUUCUCAGAAGCACAGAUGAAUGGCAGAGAAGUGUCUCGGUGACUAAAGGUGGUUGCUGCUAAUGACCUGAGUUUAUACGUGAUCUGGAAACUCUCAUCACUCAUGCAAGUUUUUCUCUGAUAUUUUCAGUUGGGCCGUGUCAUGCACACACACAGUGGGACAUUUAUACAAGAAUAUUUUUGACAGGUAAAUAAGGGCCAAUGAUCUCACUCGGUAGUUAAAGGCACUUGCUGCAGAACUGGACGACCUGUGUUUGAUCUCUACAGCUCUACAACUCGAGGAAAUAGGGAAUAGACCCUGCCAGUUGUCUUCUGACUGGCACAUGCACAACACAGCACAGACAAAAAUUAUUACAGAUGAAAUUAAAGAAAACAACCAAAAUAUUGAGAACACAAAUAAUUUACCAGUCAAAAUAAAUGCAUUCUAGUAUUCCAAGAAGUUUCUGUUUCUCCAAAGAAUGAAGACUCCUGUU